UCAUUUUGUAUAGUUCGGGGCAGCAGGCAUGGUCAACCUUUUCCUCGGAUUAAAAUCCUCCGAGUCUCCGACAAUGGCUAGAGCAGUAAGUUUCAGAUUCCGGGGACAAGCAGGCAAGCAUAUCGUGACAACUCUCAAGAUUCUCAUCAACACCGAGAUAGAAGUAAUAAGGGGAUUCAAUGCGCUGGUUGAGACUUUUCGGUAGGAGAUUGGAGGGUUCUUGGUGGGGUGUGAAGACAGCAACAGUCGGAGUUGUUUUGGUUGCUUCAUUACUUGGUUCAUCAUGGGGUUGUCACAUUCCAGCAAUUUAUAACUUCGGCGAUUCCAAUUCUGAUACAGGCAGUGUCUCGGCAACUUUUGGUCGAGUCCCCUCUCCCAAUGGUCGGACUUUCUUCGGUAAACCUUCUGGUCGCUAUUCUGAUGGGCGUCUAAUCAUCGACUUUAUAGCUGAGAAGUUGGGACUUCCGUUCUUGGGGGCAUAUCUUGACUCUAUAGGACCAAAUUUUAGACAUGGAACAAACUUUGCUGCAAGUGGGUCUACAAUCCAGCCAGCUGAUGCCAAAUUAUUUGGGGCUGGUUUUAACCCCUUGUCUCUGGAUAUACAGCUUUCACAGUUUGAACAAUUUAAGGAGCGUACUAAGGACCUAUAUAACCAAGCUGAAAGCCCUUUGGUCAAAAGCAGCCUCCCAAAACCAGAGGAAUUCUCAAAAUCCAUUUACACACUGGACAGUGGACAGAAUGAUCUUAAUUUUGCACUAUUAACAACAACAGAGGAGCAAGUGCGGGUAUCCAUACCCAAUAUAAUCAAUCAGUUUGCCCUGGCCAUCGAGAAACUCUACCAAGAUGGAGCAAGAACAUUCUGGAUACAUAAUACUGGUCCCAUUGGCUGCUUGCCUGGUUUUGCUGUAAAGAAUCCUCCAAAGCCUGUUAAUGCUGACCAGAAUGGCUGCAUAAAGUCCUACAAUUUGUUGGCUCAAGAGUUUAACAAGCAGCUUAAAGAUAGGGUGUUCCAAUUGAGGACCCAGCUCCAACAUUCACUGCUCAUCUACGUUGAUAUCUACACUGCUAAAUACACUCUCAUCAGUGAGGCGAAGAAACAAGGUUUUAUUGGUCCACUUGCGUACUGUUGUGGGCAUGUAGAUGGUGCUCGAUGUUGGGAAACAUCGAUAGUGAAUGGAACUGAAGUUUUUGCAGAUUCUUGCAAUGAUCCUUCAAAAUACAUUAGUUGGGAUGCCGCACAUUAUACUGAAGCUGCUAAUAAAUGGGUAGCUAACCACAUUCUGGAUGGCUCACUCUCAGAUCCCCCAAUUCCCCUCACAAAAGCAUGUCACAAGCCUGAUUCUCCUAACUGAGGCAUGCAACCAUCAAGUUCGUCCUUUUGUUUGAGUUCACAAUUGGUGCCAUUGAAUAUUCGAUUCUUUUGGGGAAUUAAAGGGUGCCGUUUUUAUAUUUAUUUUUUGCUGGAUUUAAAGGUGUUAAUAAUGGCACUGCUACCGUGCUACGUUUUAAAUGUAAUUCCAGUUAGGUCUGCGCAACAAUGUGAGUGCACUUGGUGUCAAAUGUCAAUGUUACUUAACAUUGGGGAAAUUUAUGGUAAUACAACUUGGUGUCAAA